CAAAGCUCGCUGUAUCUUAUCUCUCUCUCCUUUGCCUCACCUUUGCUUCUUUUUUUUCUGUGCUCCACAAGCAGCUGAAGCUGCCAGCAUGAUCUGAAUUCUCCAUUCUUUCUCUAAAUCAUCAAAAGCUCAGAUCAUGUUGCAGUUUCAUCUGCUGAUAGGAGCACAUGGGAAACCUAAAUUACAAGCCUUUAAUUUCCAAUCUCUCUUCUAUUUUCCGUUUAUUUCCUGAAAUGAAAAUAAUUUAAAGAUUCAUUAUGAAUCUGAGAUAGAUUGCUGAUUUGAGUUUUUGCAGUCUGCGUUGCUCUGAUUUGUCCAACAUCCACCUCACAAAAGUGUUGCAGGUCAGAUUUGCUUCAUCGGCACAGGAACCUUCAUCUCUCUUCGAUUCAGGUGGAAGAAAUGAAGAAAGAUAAGCUCAUGUAUCUGCAUGGUCAGUACUUCUGAUAUCUUUCCUGCCAUAUCGAGGACUACGACAUGCUUCGUUCUUCUUAUCUCUGAGCAUUGCUUGAAUCAGAAAGAUGGUGAAGAGGAACCCCCUUGUUUUCUUGGAGAUAUCAGUUGCUGGUGACCCAGCUGAGAGAUUGGUAAUUGAGCUUUUUUCAGGUGUUGUUCCAAAGACUGCUGAGAAUUUCCGUUCACUUUGCACAGGUGAGAAAGGUUCAGGACGUUCCACUUCAAAGCCUUUACAUUACAAGGGAUCGAUCAUUCAUCGCAUAGUUAAAGGAUUUGUUGCCCAGGGUGGUGAUUUUACACGACAAGAUGGCAGUGGUGGUGAGAGCAUUUAUGGAGGAAAGUUUCCAGAUGAAAAUUUUAAACUCAAGCAUGAUGGACGUGGGAUUCUGUCCAUGGCAAACAGUGGUCCAGAUACAAAUGGUUCCCAGUUUUUUAUUACACUGAAGGCCGCACCAUUUCUUGAUGGAAAACAUGUUGUUUUUGGAAAGGUCGUACAUGGUUUGGAUUUUCUGAAGAAGAUUGAGCAAGCUGGUUCUGAUAGUGGAAAACCUACUUGUCUUGUAAAAAUUGUGAAUUGUGGUGAAAUAACUGAAAAUAAGGCUGCCUCUUUUUCAGCUGAGAAAGUUAUUGCAGGCAAGAAACCAGAAAAGGUUGAGAAAGAUCUUUCAGAUAGUUCUGAUGGAGUGAGGGACGGUGACAAAAGACAUGUUAAGGACAAAAGGGCAAAGAGAAAAAAGAGAUACUCAUCAUCAGAUUCUUCUAGUUCUGAUGAUUCUGACUCAGAUUCCUAUUCAACUAGUAGUGAUUCUGAUUCGGACACUUCAUCUUUAAGCUCAAGCUCGUCUAGUGACUACAGACACAAGAGGAGAAAGAAAGCUAUUGUAAAGGAUAAAAAUGGAAAUAGAAAAAGAAAACAAGAGAAGCAUAGAGGGAAGCAACGUAGAAACCUCACCAAUAAGUCAAGACGAAAGUCAAAAUGGAUUUCAACAAGUUCAAGUGAUUCAGGCAGUGGAAAUAGUGACAGCAGCAGUUCUGAUACAGAAGAACAUGACAACAAACGUAUUAAUAGAUCCAAUAAAAAAUCUCCGCCUGCUGUUAUAUCUGCCAAAGUUCCUAUGAAAUCAGCUGUCGAAGGGAAAGCAUUUUCUGAGAAGUUGUCUUCUAAAGAAAAUAUUUCUCAAGAGAAGGGUGAACUUCAAGAAAAUGGGGAAGCCAGACAAAAUAAUGAUGUGAAUACCAAAGUUGGGAGAACCAUGGAUCAGCGUCACUUGUCUGAUGAGAAAUCAACUGAAUCCUGGGGACUGAAUAAGAAUUCUGGAGGUGAUCCUAGUCCUAGGAGUGGCCCAAAUAGCAGCUUACCGGUGAAUGCUUCUGCCAGAAGCCCAGUAAAAGAGUUCGGCAGGCAAGAUCAGCGGUCAACUAAAGCCUCAGAGCCUGCUCCCCUUGAAACACUAAAUAUUACAAAAGAAGUUUCUCUAGAUGGUGGUCAACAACGUGUAAGGAAGGGACGAGGAUUUACUAAAGAAUAUUCAUUUGUGCGUCGGUAUAGGACACCCUCACCAGCACCCUCUCCUGCUCGUCCUUAUUAUAGGGGAAGGAAUGAUCUGGGAAGAGAUUUAGAGAGGAAUGGAAGGCUCAGGAAUUAUCAGGAGAGGUCUCCUUUGAGACGUUCACGAAGAUCUCCAAGCAGGAGUCCCUACAGAUAUCAUGGACGGAGAAUGCGAAGCAGGAGCAAUUCUCGUAGUCCCAGGUUUCAGAGCCAAAAUCGGGGCCGGAGUUCUAGUCCAAGGAGAAAUCGAAGUCGAAGUAGAAGCCGAAGUAGAAGUCCAGCAAACAGGCAUCGUCCAACUGUUAGUGAUAUGCUUCGAUCUCGUCUUGGUCCAAGGAGGACCAGCCCUCCUGCUCCUCCUCCUCACCGGAGAGCAAAAUCCAGAUCAAACAGUCGCUCCAGGUCUCCUGACAAAUUCAAGAGCAAAAAAAUAACUUGUCCAGGCAGCUCCAGGUCCAGCAGCCCAGCUGGAAACAAAGGUCUGGUUUCCUAUGGUGAUGGAGAAACCUGAAUCAGUCUGUCUCUUCCCAGGCUUUGGAUUUUGUAAUCUUUGCUGUAUUUGGUUUCAGUGUUUGUUUUGUCCAAACUUUAAAUAUUUGGGGCAAAUUAGUUUAAAUUCUUCACGUUUAGCUCAACUUAUAAAUGUGUUUGUAUUUUGAAAUCUGUUGUGAUAGAAAAGUACCGUUUAAACUUAAAA